AUGCAGACAGCUGCUGCCUACCUCUGGGUGGGCCAGUAUCAACGACAAAUGCUGUUGGAUAAUCAGGGCUCUAAAAGACAUGCCGGUGUAUCACGGAACAGUGUGCCUACCUCGAUGAGCAAACGCGGCGUCACCGAAAUGACCCGGACCCUCUUCCUCUACCGUCUCAUGGCAUGUACAGCCUCCCUCCUCGUGCUAGUCUUCUCCACGUUGCCACAGCUGGUGCUAGUGGUAGCAAAAACUCCCGAAGACAACAGCAUUGAUCGCCUGUGGGGCUGGUGUCACUCCCUGGUCUACUUUGACCACGCCACUCGAUGUUUUGCAACCUACCUCAUCGUCGUGCCCUUUGCCAUCUUCUUCUGGGACUUCUUCUUCUCCGAGGUCGUGCCCAUGCGCCACUUGGUGGUCAAGCAGAUCUUUCGAAUGAUUGUAAUCUCCACCAUUCCCAUUGCCCUCUUUUCCCUGGUCGCAGCCAUCCCUCUGCUGAUUAUACGCUACGUCAAGGGGUUUGAUGGAACGGAUGUUGUUUGUUAUCCCCUGCCAGAAGGAACAAGCUACUUUCUGGCCUUUGAUUUUGCUGUCACACGGGUUCUGCCAGCUGUCAUUAUUGUGAGUGUUGGGUUGGCAUUCCUGCUCUGGCUACCACGCAGGGAUUACGGUGUCCUCUACGAGCCAAUGACAUUUCUCCUGCUGCUUGUACCGGUGGUGCUAAUGGAGUCGACCGUCUACGUUUGCUAUCGUCUGGGCAAAAUCCAUGUGCUCAUUAAUAAACACUUUGCCAACAUUCUUCACAUUUCCUACGCCAUCUACCACAUGUCCUUCAGCAGUACCUUCGUUCUGGCCACGCUGCGGGCAGUAGUCGCUGAAAUCCGAGAAGAGCGUCGACGUCGCGCGCAGCUACUCCUUGAGGAUGAGUUGCAUUUAGAAGACCACAUCAAGAGCCGUGUACCAAGUACUGAAUUGUCCAAGGCUGAGGAUGGAGUGCUGGAGAUGGGAGAGCUGGAUGAGGAGAAACCUCCUGAUGACGUGACGCUACAUUACUCUAUCCUCCGCAGAUCGGCAACUAUUAAAUCCGCCCAGGGAGGGCCACCAGCAAGUCCGGUAAUGCAAAACUCGCGUGCUCAGCAGACUAGGAAAAACCAGGCCCAAUCUGUCACCAUCACUAAUCCUCUUGCUGUAUUUGAACAACCUCCCCUUUCACCAAGGUCUACUCGCAGUCGUCAAAGGCCAACGCCCCAUGGGACGCCUCGACUUCAGAGUAGAGAAAUUGUAGAUAGAAUGGGCAACCUUCAGAGACACGGGACUUCGGCGGACCAGUAUCUGCUGCCAUCAACGCCCUCAAAACGUUAG